AUGCGUGUCUCCUCCAUUCCUCUGAUUGCGGCCCUGGCUGGUUCCUCGACCGCAUUGUACCUGAAGUCUACUCCCGAUGGAAGCAUUGAAGCCCCCAACCGCUUUGUCAAGAGACAAAACGACGGUUGGAACCCUCCCAGUAAUAUUGCUGCCCCGUUGAAAGAAGUGUGGGACCACGUCUCGAGCACUUAUAAUGGAGGAAAUAUCUUUGGCUUCAAAAAUUAUGGCUGGGAUCAGAUAAUGGCCAACAACGGACAAAUCAAUUACUGCGUUCGUUGGGAAUCAUCUCAGACAGUCUCCGAGGCACUCCGCACCCAGAUUGAGGCCAAGGCCCAAGAGGCAUAUGACGACUGGUUCACCUGGGUCUAUGGAUACAAUGGGUUCCCAUUCAGCAACAUCAAGGUCAAGGUAGUCGGCUGGGCGGUCAGUGACAAGAGUCUUCUUCAAGGCUCAACGGCAGGAAUCCAGGUCUACACGGACAAGGACUCUGAGGGGAUUCCUCAAUGCGCACCUGCUUGCGGUCGAUUCUUCCACCAGGAUGGCGACUACUCGGGAUGCUCCGGCGGUGCUGCCAACCACUACGACCAGUCUCUGUGGAUUUCGGAAGAUUUUGGAGGCGGUGCCGGUGGCGACUGGGGCCAGCGCAUUCAGAAGAGUAUCUUUGACCGGGAGAUCCAGGCUCGUCCUAUGACUUAUAUGCAGCAUGAGAUGGGACAUACUUUCGGCAUGGAUGAUUACUGGAAGCCAACUGGUGCAGGCGCCUUCAUCAUGGAUGAGGGCUUGGAGAUUGUUGACUUUGAUGGGUGGAUGUUCCGCAACUUUUGGUAUGAGCUCAAACAGAACCGUGGCUGGUAA